GCUGGCUCACUAUUUCUUACGGACAGAAACGAGAAGGAACUUUAUCCUGGGCUGCUGAAGAGGAAUGAAACGCAGCAUCAGAUUGCGUAACCGCUUCUUAAAUAGUGUGUAUAGACUUAUAAACAGUGUCUAGCCAUCUGUGUUGCUAGCUGGCUGCUUCUAGCUUGCCGACUGUUCGAUAAUGAUGUGCAUGACGGUGUGGGCAGAAUAGCCGACAGCGCCAUAUCCGUUUUGCAGUAUCGUCAGUGGUGUGCAGGUGUGAUGGUGACGUUUACCUAGCCCUCUGUGUGACCCCACGCCACCCAGCCCCUCAGACCGCCCCGCCCCAGAGGACACCCGGUUUGCCAUGACCCUGCGCACUCUCCUCGCCCUCCUGCCCGUCCUGGCGGUGUUGGCAGCGCUCUGUCUCUCCAGCCAUGCAGGGAACACUCCCAGAUUCACAACCAUCCAGACCGUGAAUGAAUCGAUGUGUGCCUCUGCUUGUGAAGUCAGCAGUAUGUGCAACUGGACAGUCUUUGAUAGUGUAAACUCAACGUGCUAUUUCUUAGAAUGUCCCAAUAUCACCAUCUGCCAAAGCAUCAACGUGGAAGCGCUGCUGAAAAAACAAGAAGCUGAUGUUAGCACUGACCCUGAACCUGUAACCCCAGCCUUGUCCACAUCUACUCCUCACAUGCCUGUUCCUGAAACCACUUCCACCCCACAGCCAGCCUCCUUAGUCCCCGCCAACACCUCUGACAAUGGUACACUCAAAGCUGCUGGGUCCACCAACGCAGACCGAAAACUUAACGAUUCUUUAACCCUCAAUGGGACCAUUGGUGAUGACCUUGGGCAGGGCACCCCUGUUGUAAACCAGACCCAGAAUCAGAGUUCAGUAAUUAUUCCCACUGCUACACCCAAGGCUAAGGAACCUGUAUCACCUCAGUCAAGUAGCAUGGUGCCCUCUGUUGCUGUGGCUGCCACCACCCAUCCUGCUCCCACGACAGCAACUGCAACCACAUUGCAUACUACCAAGUCAACAAGCACAACGACAAGCACAACAACAACAACAACAACCCAGAGGCAGCCAAUUCCCACCACAGCAAGGACUCCGCCACGAACAACAACCAUUACCACGACAACAUCGCCUGCAACCUCCACAGUGACCACGACGACAGCGUCAACAACCCCCAUCACCGAAAUUGUAACAACCACCACCUCGACGACAGCUGUGGUCAAGGAGGCGUCACCACCGACCACGAAGAAGGCUACGAGCACCCAGGGUCCCUCAGGGAAUGUUCCACAGGCGGGGACCACCACCUCCAAAGCUGGUACAGGAGAGGAGGGUGGAACCAACAAUGCUGGUAUAGACAUAGCUGCUGGGCCUCUGACCAGGCAGCUGGUGGACACCAGCUCCCUGCUGGCCGUCUUCCUGUUCGGUCUGAUCUUCUUCCUUGUGACAGUAGCACUCUUCCUCAGGAAGGCUUACGACAGCUACAAGAAGAGAGACUACACCCAAGUGGACUACCUGAUCAAUGGAAUGUAUUCGGAUUCAGGCGUCUAACAGCUGCAGUACUAUGGGAGAGUGUUGUUUACAUUCCAGGUGUUUUUUCCCCCUCAUUUUUCUAUUGUUUCUGUUGCUUUUUGUUUGGGAUCAGGACUGUAGUCUGGUUGCAGUUUUGAUGGCUGAAGAGUGCACCGAACUUUGCCACAAUAAGGCUACACACGCACAGAUUUCAUAGUUAUAGGCAGAUGUUACAUCUCUGCAUUUUUCUUUUGAACACACUUGGUAGAACAUGUUUGGUAGGCCUUCAUGCACUGGGACAGCGGUGUCUGGUGUGUUUGUAUGCACUACUCUGUUCUAUGCAGACGGUGAAUCCUCUUCAUGUUCAUGCUCAGAAUACAGAGAGACUACAGCUUCAGUAUUUACUAAACACUGACAGGAGACUCAAAUGAUUAAAUCAUUUCUCUUUUAUAAUGUUUAGUUCAAGUAGAAACAAGUGUAAACAUGUUCAACAUUUCACUCCCUUGGAAAUGACACAAGCGAUACUAAUUGCCUUUUCUUGUAAAUCCAUGGACUCUGUUAACGGUUUAUACAACAAAGGCUUAGUUGGUAAUGCCUUUUGCCUUCAGUUAUCACCAGCUUUUUCUCUUUGUUUUAAAUUCCAUUGAAUUUGUUAGAAUUUGAAUGCCAAGUUGAUGCCAAAACACUUCCUAGAACUCGGGAGAGCAUCCAUACAAAGCCAAGGGAAUGGGACAGCCAUUGUGAAGUGCAUUCCAGUUGACAACAAGCUCGGCAAGCGUAAAGACUGUCUCAUGCAUAGGAGCUGUGGUCAAGGAGUGACACGGAUCAGAUUGCCUAUGUGCCAAUUUCUGUCUGUAGCCUGUUUAAUGAUGCACUGUUAAAAAUUGAAACGGGUUUUGCAAUAAAUGCAAACAAACACGCCGUAAUUAGUAUUACCUCUUUUACCCAAAAACUAUGACUGACGUGUUUAAGGUGCCCGAUUUUUACAUGGU